ACCAGCCCUUACGUUAUGUUCUUUUCACAGGUAAGAAGAAGCGGAGCAGAGGACGCGGCGACCAUACCAGACAGCGCGGCGACUCCUGAUGGGCGGAAGAUCAGAUCGGGGAGCGAGGUCGGCGACUCGGGCCAGACUGACGCGAGGACUCUACAAGGGCAGGAACAGAGGCUUGAAGAUGGGGAACUCGGGGAGGAUGGCAUCAGCGAGAUGGCGGCGGCGCUGCUCCCCAAACCCGAGGCACUUCAGGGACGACGCGGCGCCCUGCAAGCCAACCAGGGCACUACUCGGGGUACCCACCAGGCGCUGCGGGGCCGUACCAUCGCCAGGAACCCCCAGUCGUGUGCCCUCUGCUCGCGGGAGAGGAACCUGUGCAGAAUAAUAUCAGGCAUCUUCACUCGUUCCCCGCUGCCCUACGGAUACUCCCUGGUCACACCCGUCCCCGCUGGCGUGUGCAACCUGAGUAUCACCGAGAUGAAGCCGUCCAAGAACUAUUUCGCGCUGCGGAGGUCUGAUGGCACCUACAUCCUGAACGGUAAUUGGGAUAUCCAGAAGGCGGGGGAGUACGAGGCGGGCGGCACCACCUUCAUCUACACCCCGGCCACCGAGGAACACGGCGAGCGUCUCUCAGCGCCCGGGCCCCUGCGUGAGCCCGUGGACUUCAUGCUGAUCUCACAAAGCCCCAACCAGGGCAUCGAGUACGAGUACCGCGUGCCGCUGCCCGAGUACGCCGGCGGGAACCCGACGGGCCUGGGCCUCCCCGGCGGCGGGUCACGGCCCGGGCUGGGUGGCCGAAGCGUGCCCGCGGGUAGCGUGGUGCCAAGCCCCGGCCAGCGCAGACCCAUCCAGAGCAGCCCCGGCCUGACCCCCAGGAACCCGAGCUACGGCAUCCACACUCCUGCUCAAGGCUCAACGUUCCACUUCGGCAGCAGCGGCGGUGGCAGCGCUGGGCGGCCCGGGGACACCUUCAUGCCCCUGCGGCCCGUGCUGCAGCCCGUCAUCGGGGUGGGGGCGUCCUCAGGCUUCAACUCAAGUAGCUCAUCGCUGUACCCGAUCAACCCGCACGACCCCUUGGCAGGCAGACCCGCAGGCACGCCGAGGAGAAGGCUGCCCUACCUUGGCGUGCCCCAAGGCUCGUCGCUGGACGUUGGCUCCAGGGCCACUGCCAGGCUCCCCGGCACUGUCCCUCUUGGCCACCCCAUCACGCCCCAGGGCACGGCACAGACGGGAUCCCUCCCGCGCCCCUGGAAGCCCAGCCUCACCUCACAGGACCGCGGUCGAGCCCCAGCGCUGCCUGGGAGCCCCUUCCUGCCGGGUCAGCCCUACCCGCGGGGCUCUGGGAGCCGCAUUCUCCCUUCGGGAAGCGUGGGCCGAGGGUUCCCUGGGCACGAAAGAGGCGAAGGUGCUGUUAGCGCCGAGAGUGGCGGCAGGGACGGACUGCUGCGGCCAAACCAGACGCCCUCGAGGGACGGCAGCUUCUCGGUGGGCGCGAGGCAGCCGCUCUUCAAAGCCACGAGUCGCCACGACCAGACUGCCAAGACCACUACCACCUCGCCCGCGCCCACGCACAGGACGCGCCACCACCACGGCACUCAAGGGACGCAAGACAGGAGGAAGGUGCCGGGAAAGUCUUCAGAGUUCCCCGCCUUCGACCCCGACGUGCAGUUGCAUCCGCAGCCCGAGGCCUCGGCGCCGUCCUCCGCUAACACGACGCUCUACAAUGGUGGGGGUUCACGGAGCAGAGGGGACGAGGACCGCCGCCACCGUCACCGCCACCAGCAGAACGGGGCGAGGAGGAACGGCAAGAAGAGGCGCAAGGACAAGACGAGAGUGCGCGUGAGGGGCGGAGGAAGGUUUCAGUGGGCGGAUAAAGGUCUCACCCCGUGCUCCAAGACGUGUGGGGGAGGUAACCAGACGGCCAUCCUGUCGUGCGAGAGGAAGAAGAACAAGAAGGUGGUGGCUGACCGUCGCUGUGCCCACCUGGAGCGUCCUGAGUCCCGCUUCAUCCCCUGCAACUUGACGCCGUGCCCCGCAGAGUGGAUGCCGGGAGAGUGGGGGCCGUGCAGCGUGACGUGUGGCAUGGGCGUGCAGACCCGGCCCAUGGUGUGCAAGCAGGUGGUGUCCCGAACCCUCACGAUGAUGGUGCCCGAAGGAUCCUGCCUCUCGCCGCCCUCCGUCGCCACCUCGCAAGUGUGCGAGACGGGCCCCUGCAGCAGCACCAGCCCCACGUGGGAGGCGGGGCCCUGGAGUAACUGCUCGGCGCCCUGUGGCCUUGGUAGCCGGUCCAGGAAGGUGACGUGUUCCGUGCGGGGCGUGGCGGUGAACGAAGACCACUGCAGCCGCGACGCCCGCCCCGUCAGGGAGGAGGUGUGCGACAUGGGCUCCUGCGCCACCAACACCUGGUUCUUCUCCGCCUGGUCCGAACAGUGCUCGGCGCCGUGCGGGGAGGGUGUGCAGACCAGGCGCGUCCACUGUCUGGCGGGCGACACCCAGGCCUCGUGUCCCACCUCGGGCCGCCCUGAAGCCUCGAGGCCCUGCACGGGACAGAGCGGCUGCGGCGGCCAGUGGUUUAUUGGGGCGUGGAGUGGAUGCAGCGGGGCGUGCGGGACGGGGCAGGAGGAGUCUCGCCCCGUACUGUGUGUCAUCCAGGCUCAGGGGCGGUGGAAGGUGGUGGACGAGGAGAGGUGCCAGCGGGAAGAUCGACCUCAGGAUACGCGAGUGUGUGACGUGGGGCCGUGCAAGCCAGUCUGGUUCACCUCCGAGUGGUCUCAGUGCUCGGCGUCUUGUGGGAGUGGGAUCAUGCGUCGAGAGGUUACGUGUCUUGAUCUGCACCGCCACGCCUCACCAGACUGCACCAACGCCACCAGACCCGCCUCCCGCCGUCCAUGCCACCUUCACCCCUGCCCCAACGCCGCCCCACGCCCUGCUCUCACCCCGGACGCGACCUCUCCCACUGAACGACCCGCUGAAUCGUCCUCCUCUUUCUCCUUUGAACGAGAGACUGAAGAAUCUGAAGGAGGGGAUGAAGAACCAAGAGGUCAUUCGAGGGGCACUUCCGAGGCUGACGAGGAGGCGACCGCUACGGAAAGGGAGGAGAUAGAAGAGGAAGAGGAGGAGGAGGAGCAGAUGGCAGACCGUAAGGACCCAUUGAUUGAGGGGACUGUGAAAGAGGAGGAGGCAACGAAGGAGGAGAAAGAGGAGGAGGAGAACGAGUUAGUGGCGGAAGGGAGAGCCGGAAAUGACCUGACCAACUUGCCGGGAAGAGAAGCGCAGGGCGACGAGUCUGUCAUUGUAGAGGAGGAGGAGGAGGAGGGGGAUGGACACAUUUGGAGGGAGGACAAGAGGGUGGAUGAAGACGAGGAGGAGGAGGAGGAGGAAGAGGGGAAUGACAAAAGGAGGAAAAGGAAGAGGAAGAAGGAGCGGAAGAAGAACAAGGACAGAAAAAUCACGGAGGCUCGGAUGUCCUUCGGCAGCGAGAGAAGAGGAUCGGAGAGCAUAGAGAGGCCUGUGUGCAUCGACCGGAUCAAGAACUGUCACCUGGUCUUCCGCGCCCGCCUGUGUCGACUCAAGUAUUACAACAAACUCUGCUGUCGAACCUGUACCAUCACGAACUGAGGGAACCACGUCACCAAGAUCUUGCCCGUUACCACCAUCCUCACCACCACCACCACCACUACAUCUACAUCUACCUCUACUACUGCUACUACGCGAGGUACUUCCGUCUCCACUUGAAGCACCAGCACCAAUUCUACUAAAACAACCACUACUUCCACUGAGUUAGUCACCCACUUCUUCAACAACAUCGUGAUCCACUGUAGUCUCCUCCACUAUAAGCUAAACUGGAAAUAGGAAAUAGGAAAUGGAAAUAGGCCCAGCUCAGAGGAACCUAGUAACCACAAAUGCCAAUCCACCUUCCUCGGCAUCCACCAGUCACAAGCAGCAGGAGGUGGAAAAGGGGCGUGGCUUAACUGUGAGCUGACCAAUGAGGUGGGCUUUCUAGGGGAAGGGGAGGAGCUUAUUCGCCAAGUUAGCGUGAAUGGUGUAUAUACCUUUGCUGAGGCGGGUUUUUGGAUCUGAUCUCCCUUUGGCUCCUCCCGGCACGUCCCUACCCAAUCCUGGCACCGAUUUAAAACUGGUGUAGGCCUAUAAGUAUUUAGUCUGUCUUUGUGAUGGCAGCAGAACAAGGCCACACAUUCGUACCGGUAGACGUAACGUGAUCAGAAUUGACACACACACACACACACACACACACACACACACACACACACACACACACACACGGUACACACAGAUGGGUGCAUUACGUAGUUUCCUGGUGUAGAAGCACCGGUAUUGGACAGUAGGAAAUGUUUGAACGAAUACUAACACACUGCAUGCUAAACACCGACACAGUAGAACGUAGUCGCAGCCGAGGUGACACGGACGAGCGAAACAAAGCCGGAUAUGAACGGUGAGUAAAAGAUACUAUGUAAACGAGGAGUAGUGUAAUGAGAUGAGAGAGAUGGUGGCCCGUCGACUUUCUAUACGAGUUCUUGACGAGGCUUUCAUAUCCUUGUCUUUAGUGAUAAGAAGCCUCCGUAGAUGUGACUGGGUGAGUAUCUGCGACAAACUGCGAACCAUGAUGGAUAGUACAUGCGUUUUAUGCCGACGUGAAUGCCACCGUGCUAUUUAUAACGCGGUAAGAAUACAUUUAAUUUAGAAACGAAUAAAAAGUGCAAGAAUUUCUCCAGUGUCAGAUAUUUGGGUUAGAGGAAAGAAGAUUGGGCGAGGCUGGCAGCGUGGAAGCUUGAGUGUUAUUCUUCCUUUGUGUUCGUAUGUCAACCUCUUAGUCUGCGUGGAGGAUGAGGUGCAUGGAUGAUUAGGCGUAGGAAAUUACGUGAAAUGUCCGUGCAAUGUCCCUAGAAUGUCCGUGGAAUGUCCGUACAAUGUCCCUAGAAUGUCCGUGCAAUGUCCCUAGAAUGUCCGUGGAAUGUCCCUAGAAUGUCCGUGGAAUGUCCGUGCAAUGUCCCUAGAAUGUCCGUGGAAUGUCCGUACAAUGUCCCUAGAAUGUCCGUGGAAUGUCCCUAGAAUGUCCGUGGAAUGUCCGUACAAUGUCCCUAGAAUGUCCGUGGAAUGUCCCUAGAAUGUCCGUGGAAUGUCCGUACAAUGUCCCUAGAAUGUCCGUGGAAUGUCCGUACAAUGUCCCUAGAAUGUCCGUGGAAUGUCCGUACAAUGUCCCUAGAAUGUCCGUGGAAUGUCCGUACAAUGUCCCUAGAAUGUCCGUACAAUGUCCCUAGAAUGUCCGUACAAUGUCCCUAGAAUGUCCGUGGAAUGUCCGUGCAAUGUCCCUAGAAUGUCCGUGGAAUGCCCGUGCUAGUGAGGAGUGUAGCAGAUAAGGCGGAUUUUCUCUUCCCUUCUACCAGUGACAUCUCAAGUAUAGAGUUCAUUGUUUCUACCCAUAGCGCCAGUAAGCUCUCUCUAUGGGGCAUGUUGGUCGGCCCCAUCCCAUUAGUGGCGCAGGGAAAUGUUUUAUAGCGGCGCCAUUCUUGCUUGUCUCUUGCUGCACCCCCGGAGCUCCCCCUAGAAUCCGGGUUGAUAGACGGUCAUCAAGACAGUCUGUGGGUAGUCUUAGGGCACUCGGUAAUGACUCAAAAUAGUAGUCAGCUUGUAUUCGAGGGCGGGACUCGAACCCGGGUGUCCAGAACCGCGCUCGCACGCUGCCCACUCAGCCACCACCUUCAGAUAGAGGUUAGAUAGUUAACUACCAAUAGAAUAAAGGAAUCGAAGUGGAAGGGGGGUGUGGAGACGAUGAUAGAGUGGUUCCUUUAUCCAACCAGGCAGAGGAGUGGUGGUGGAACGGUCAUCUUAUCCAUCUCUAAAACCAAUAUAGGAGUCCAAGGAGGGAAGGUGGAGUGUAGUGGAGAGGUGGUGGAAGGAGAGUGGAUCCAUAACCGAACAGUGAACAUGAAUCGUAUGAGAACAAAAACACACACACAGAAGAAGGAAGUCACGUGCUAUAUAUGUGUGUGUGUGUGUGUGUGUGUGUGUGUGUGUGUGUGUGUGUGUGUGUGUGUGUGUACUUAUAGAUAACACACACUCGUUUUUCAGCGUCUUAUAAUAGUAUAGCGUAAGUUCGUCACGUAUAUAUAUAUUCCUUCCCUGGCAAUACUGUUCGUUAUUGCCAAGCUACUGUUUCGCUGGUAUGGUAUGUGUGUAUGUACGUACGUGUGUGUAUAGUUUAAAUAAGACAGUUACCUUUAGACCACGACGUAUCUUCCUUUCCUGAGAACCAUCUAUUUUUUUCUCUCUCUUUCUCCACCUCAUAGAAGAAUUUUUUUCCUUCAUAUUCACCGGAAACUUUAGAAUAGAUCGUUUCCGUGUGUGUGUGUGUGUGUGUGUGUGUGUGUGUGUGUGUGUGUGUGUGUGUGUGUGUGUGUGUGUGUUUCCGUUCUUUAAUGUCUCGUAAAACUAGUAAGAAUCCCCUUAUGUGUCGCAGGAGAGGUGUGAUUUAUUCCCCGUGAACUCUCUGGCAUUUAGUGGAGUCAUGUGUUUCGUAUAAAGUGUGUGUGUGUGUGUGUGUGUGUGUGUGUGUGUGUGUGUGUGUGUGUGUUCAGAUGGCUAGUUAUUAAGACACAUGUAUCCUGUUAGCUAUAUGUAGAUUCUUCGUGUAUGUGUGCCCUCAGCGCUAUGUGUCCAAGAGAAUGUAUCGUGGAAUCUAUACUUGUAGCUCGCGCGAUUUCGUUACUGUCCAGAGCGUUAUGUAUUAAUAGAUUCGUGCACACACCUGUAUUCCCAAGACUCAGGUGUGCUCCUCUCUGAACACCUUUGACCGUCACCCGCUAACCGCUAUUUUAAGUUACCGUAGCGAGAGAGAGAGAGAGAGAGAGAGAGAGAGAGAGAGAGAGAGAGAGAGAAAACAGAAAAUAAAAACAAGCAGUAAUAUGAUAAACAGAAAGAAAAGUAAGAAAAGAAGAAAAAAAAUGUAAAAAAAGUACGAUAAACAGCAAGAUAGUGGUUCAAGAGAGAGAGAGAAAGAAAGAUGUAAUUCGUACGCUACGGUUUUUUUUCUAUUUUUUUUGUCAUCUACGUGAAAAGGAUUGAAUUUUUUUUUCUUUUCUUUUUUUGUUUAUUUAAUGUACUUCCGUUUCCCUGCUCCACUUUUUUUUUGUUUUCUAUUUUUUUUUUCAUUUACUCCCUGUAGUUGUUGUCGUUGUUGUUGUUUCUUUCUAAUUUUUUUUCAUUCCCUUGUCCUGUUUUAUUAUCAGGUGAAUAUAUUUUUUUCUUUUUUUUAGUGUAUUAAGUGUGUAGGAACUGUUCGAUUGUGUUCUCUUACGGUCAUCUCCUUAUCUACCCAUCCAUUUAUCUACCCUUUAUCUACCCAUUUAUCUAUCCUUUUAUCCACCCACCCAUUUAUCUAUCCUUUUAUCUACCCCCGUUCGUACCUCUCUAUCUAUCUCGCAGCACGUCACAUUCAGCCUCUUCGUAACCUUGAAGCCGCGCCGUCGUUAGUCUUCAUUAUGUUCAUUGUGGCCGCUAUGACACUCCUGUUCAGCACGCAGUCUUUCUCCUAUAGCCCACUAGGGGCGACGUGCGCGGCCAGGUAACCCGUCACACAGUAGUCAUGCGCCGUUACCCAGGAGAGCAGUUCCCCCGCAUGGCUAACCCUGACUUGGCGAGGAGCUGCUCUGUGUCUGCCGUAACGAGCAUCUAGGCCUCCCCGGCAUCAUGUCUGCCCGUGCCCGUGCCGCUGUGUGUGUGCCAUAACGUCUUGUAUAAAGGUAAUGAUUGAGUCCGUCAAUAAAGUAACUUAUGACAAGA